UGAUGGACUUGAGGUGGGACAGAACCAGGCGCUCAAAUGACUUCAUGACUACACUCUGUAGUCAUACAAAUACAAAUUAAAUAUUUAUGCAUGUUUUUCUUUUCCUGAUGUGUGCAUACAUUAAUUUGUCUGCUUACUUGUAGUUUUCACACAAUAUUGGCACUGCAGGAAUACUAGGAUACCAAUGGCUGAGAAAUAUAAGAACUAACCAAACAAUGACAGACUGAAAUUAGAAAAUGUAUUGUCAUUUACUGUUCAAAUGUAUAUAUUCAUGUGCUUUUAAAAUCUUACCAAUUUGCUAUAGGCUAUAAGUUACUUGGCUGUGGGUAUAAUUUUACUGAUCCCUGUAGAACAGCCAACCAAUAACCAAUGUGAGAAAUAAAAUAAAAAUACUCUCAUUUAAAUAAAAACUUUCUCUAAAUAAUGAUUUUGUAUCUCAAAAUAAAAAGUUAGUAUCUUUAAAAAAUGGCACUUUCUCAAAGUUAUAACUCAAAAUAAUGACUUAAUUCAAAAGUUUGGAGGCUUAAUGAUGAAUACCAGGAAAUAAUGACUCAGUUUCUCAGAAUAACAACAAAUGUUCUCAAAAUUUGCAUAUUUCCUCAUAUGCACCAAAAGCAACAGAAAAAAGUGCGUGAGACAAACCUUUGGAGAUCGAAAUGUUUACCGCCAUAGGGUCCCGAGUCUUACUUUCAUAUUAUGGGAUUCUUUCCUCCAGAAUUUCUAAAAUAUCAUGCUUUAUGAAUCCACGUCAAACAAUAUUAAUGACUUACAGAAUUUAAUUUCUAAAAUAAUUUUAAUAUGUUGAUCAAUCAUUGUGGUUUAUUACCUUUCAUAACAAUUUAUCUUAGGCCGUACAGAGUUUAGGAGUAUGAAGCAUUUGAAGAUAUUCCAUAAAUGACUUCACAAUGAACUUCAUUAGCUGCAUCCCUGAAGAGGUGCGUUUAGCUAGGUGGCCAAGAGCGGCCUCAAGCAAUAACAACGUACAGCAAUGUGACAAAAGAGACCGCACUUAACCUUUAAAUAAUGACAAAUACGUAACUUAAUGUUCGUUAAAAUCUCUCGGCCUGAGGGGUGAAGAGAUUUCUGAAGAGUUUUGGGACAGAGGCAGGUAUGGUAACCUUAGCUAGGUAGUUUCUGGUGCCAUCUACGCUCAGCUUAUUUUUCUUUAUGCUUCCUUGUCAUGUUUUGUUUUAUACUUCCUGCCUCUAUAAUUUCCCCCUCCUUUAUGAUUUGUGAUUAGUUUCUAUUAAUCUAUUAUUAGGAUUUCAUCCAUAGUGUAAUUUAUGUGUGUGUUCCUCUCAUUCUUUGGCAGUUUGUCUCGAGCCUUGUGUAUCGAGCGUCCAGUCGUUUCCUCGUGAGUAUCCUGCUUGUUAUUUUGGAGUCUUUGCUUUGCUCUUUGCUUACUCCCCAUUUGUUUGUUUUAUUGGACAGCUUCUUUUUGUUGUGAUCCUGGUCUACUGCUUCCUUCUAUAUUUUGAUUAUUAAAUUAUUAUUCUUGCUUCAGUUGUCUGUACUUCCUUGUGUUCUUGUUACACAAUUGUGACAUCAGUGAUAUCUUGUCAUUAUGAGGCGGGCCUGAACUGGAAACACAGGAGCUUAGGUGUCAGUAUCUUUAAAUGAAACAACAUUUCUUAGAAAGCUAAAGGCUGCAGUUAUGACAAGUCGUUAGUUUUUGUCCUUUGACUGUUCAGAGGGCCUUUCUCAACAAUCCAGCAGAACCUUUGCAAACACUGUGUGCAGAUAUGUUUGCUGCCAGCAGUCUGCCAUCUGAAGACCAGUUUCUGUGCUCCAUCUGUCUGGAUGUCUUCACUGAUCCAGUCACCAUACCAUGUGGACACAACUUCUGCAAAACCUGCAUCACUGAGCACUGGGACCAUCAUGAUCAGUACUUGUGUCCCAUGUGUAAAAAGGUUUUCAACACAAGACCUGAGCUGUACAUCAACACCUUCAUCUCUGAGAUGGUUGCUCAGUUCAGACAGUCAGCUCAACAGGAAGCCAGCAGCAGCUCAGAGGAACAAGUUUUCAAACUAGCAGAGGUUCCUUGUGACGUCUGCACUGAAACCAAACUGAAGGCCCUGAAGUCCUGCCUGGUGUGUCUGGUCUCCUACUGUGAGACUCACCUGGAGCCUCACCUGACAGCUGCAGGCCUGAAAAGACAUCAGCUGAUUGACCCUGUGGAGAACCUGGAAGACAGGAUGUGUAAGCAGCACGAUAAACCUCUGGAGCUCUUCUGUAAGACCGACCAGAUGUGUGUCUGCACUCACUGUCCUGCUUCAGACCACAAGACACAUGAAGUUGUUCCUCUGAAAGAAGGAUAUGAAGAAAAGAAGGCAAAGCUGAGGAAGACAAACACUGAACUUCAGCAGAUGAUCCAGGAGAGACGACUGAAGAUUCAGGAGGUCAAACACUCAGUGGAGCUCAGUAAGGAAGGUGCAGACAGAGAGACAGCAGAAGGUGUUCAGGUCUUCACUGCUCUAAAGGAGUGUGUUGACAGAAGCCUGGACGAGUUCAUCAAGACGAUAGAAAAGAAGCAGAAAGCAACAGAAAAACAGGCAGACAUUUUCAUCAAAGAUCUGGAACAGGAAAUCUCUGAGCUGAAGAAGAGAAGCUCUGAGGUGGAGCAGAUCUCACAGUCUGAAGACCACGUCCAUCUUCUCCAAAGCUUCCCAUCUCUGAAGGUUGUCCCUCCCACUAUGGACUGGUCAGAUGUCAGUGUCCCUCCAGCAUCCUAUGAUGGGACUGUGACGAGAGCUUUGGUUCAGCUGGAGGAGACACUCAGUGAACGGACGAAGAAGCUUCUCGCUGAGGCUGAGCUGAAGAGGGUCCAGCAGUAUGCAGUGGACGUGACUCUGGAUCCUGACACAGCACAUCCCAGUCUUGUCCUGUCUGAUGAUGGGAAACAAGUGACUCACGGUCAUGUAAGGAAAAAUCUCCCAGACAACCCAAAGAGAUUUUCUUACUGUGUUUUUGUUUUAGGAAAGCAGAGUUUCUCUUCAGGCAGAUUUUACUUUGAGGUUCAGGUCAAAGGGAAGACAGCGUGGAAUCUGGGAGUGGUCAGAGAGUCGGUAGACAGGAAGAGACUAAUCCCACUGAGCCCUCAGAAGGGUUACAGGGCAAUAUGGCUGAGAAAUGGAGCUGAGUAUGAGGCUCUUGCUGACCCUCCAGUCCGUCUCUCUCUGAAGUCUCAGCCCCAGAAGGUGGGGGUGUUUGUGGAUUAUGAGGAGGGUCUGGUCUCCUUUUAUGAUGCAGAAGAUGCAGCUCUGAUCUUCUCCUUUACUGGCUGCUCCUUCACUGAGAAACUCUUCCCGUACUUCAGUCCUGAUCUUAACCAUGGUGGUAGAAACUCUGCACCUCUGGUCAUCUGUCCUGUCAGUCACACUGAUGAUAUUCAAAUGGAAAGACUGUGAUGUAAAGGAACAAAUAUGCAGUUAUUUACUCUGGAUUUUUCUUUCUCUGAGCUACUUUAAGCCGAAAUGAUUCAUCAACCAAUUGUUCAGUCAGUCAUAAUGAUUGUUAGUUACAACAUUACAAUAUUUAUUCAGUUUUUUAAAAAAACCUUUUCAGUUGUUGUUGGGUUUUUUUUUUAUUAAAACCAGCAACAACAACUAAUUAAAUGAUGAAUGGUAAGUAAGUGUUUAAUAUUCUUCUCUCAAUCAUUCAGUGAUUUAUUGACUCUUUUUUUUACUUGUAGUUAAAGUCUAAUAAUACAGUCUAAAGGUCUAGCACAAAUAUUUUUUCAAUCAAGGUAGAGAUAAAAAGGAUAUUAAAGGUGCAAUUGGUAAAAUAUGAGUAUAUAUGAGUAUCACUUUUUUCUUGAUGGUGUUGUUCUUAGUUUAGCUCUUUUCAUAUAAAAUGAUAGUUUAUAGGUGAUGUUUACUACAGUAGUGGAGGAAAUAUGUAGAUCCUUAAGUGAAAGUACCCAUACCUGUUGUUACAAGUAAAAGGCCCACACUGAAAAUGUUGCUUAAGUAUAAACAAGUAAAUAUAUUUGGGGUAUUUAAAAACAAUAAAAAGAAAUUAAUUAAC